AUGAUGAAUCGAUUGAUCGCGCUAUCAGUAAUAAUAAUAAAUCUUUUGUCUGGCAGAUAUAAAGUGCAGGUCGUAGCCAAAGACCCGGAGGUCGCAGUUCCAUUAACCGAUCACAAAAGUUUCAAUCCCUUUACUGAGCGGAAAGUUGACAAUCCAACUACAGAUUGCGAUACGUUGACACAUUUAUUGAAGGCAGCUUUGGGUACUGGAACUCUGGCUAUGCCCUAUGCCUUCAAAAGCUCUGGAUUGAUUGGCGGUAUCUUUGGAACUAUUUUCGUCUCACUUAUUUGCACUCACUGCUCGUAUAUCUUGGUAAAAUGCGCCCAUGUACUAUAUCACAAAACGCACAGAACGAAAAUGGGGUUUGCUGAUAUUGCGGAAAAUGCAUUUGCUACUGGACCAAAAUGGGGACGUAAAUUUUCUAAAUUUUCCAGGUACACCAUCCAAAUAUGUCUGCUGAUAACAUAUUUCGGAACUUGCAGCGCGUACGCUUGCAUAAUAGCCGAAAACUUCGGCCAGGUAAUAAAGUAUUACAUGGACCAGCAUGCAGGAAUCCCGAUAGAUCCAAAGAUGGAACUAAGUGACAACUUUAUGCGAACAUUGGUAGCCGGACUAUUCAUCCCGCUGACAUUGCUGGUCUACGUGCCGGACCUGAAGUACCUUGCGCCGUUCUCGAUGGUAGCAAACUUGUUCAUGGGUUGCGGACUGGCGAUAACUUUCUACUACCUGGUCGACGGGCUGCCUUCAAUAACCCCCGAGGUGCUGACCAGGCCGAUCGGAGACUUCCCCCAGUUCUUCGGAGUGACGAUCUUCGCCAUGGAAGCCAUUGGAGUGAUAAUGCCUCUGGAGAACAACAUGAAGACACCCCAGAACUUUGUAGGAAUUUGCGGAGUACUUAACAGAGGAAUGUCCUUCGUGACUCUCAUCUACAUCCUCCUCGGGUUCCUCGGAUUUUUGAGGUACGGAGAAGCCGUAAAAGCGGUGGUCACCUCGAAUCUCCCCAUCUACUUGGUACCAGCCCAGGUCGUAAAAGUAUUAAUCGGGCUCGCUGUUUUCUUCACCUUCGGGCUCCAAUUCUACGUUUGCAUCGACAUUGGCUGGACCAUGUUGAAGGAACGCUUCCCCAAGAGACCUCGGCUUGCUGAGUACACCAUGCGCACUAUCAUGGUCACCAUCUGUGUCCUCCUAGCUAUAGCUAUCCCCAAAAUCGGACCGCUUGUUGAACUUGUAGGUGCAUUCUGCUUCUCGUUGCUUGGACUUCUUGCUCCAGUGGGCAUUGAAAUGAUCACUUACUGGAAUGUCGGGUUCGGUCGCUUCAAUUGGAUGAUUUACAAAAAUAUUUUCGUCACCUUGAUUGGAAUUACCGCGCUGAUUCUCGGUACCACCUCUGCUAUUCAAAGUAUCGCCAAAGAAAUGUUUUAA